AGGGGCAGAAGGAGGUAGAGCACAGUUGGAUAGAAGGGAAAAAAAAGAAGAGGCAAGAGACAAAAAAAAAAAGAGUGUCAGAGGCAUGGCAGCGUAAAGCUUGGAAUUUACUUAUAACUGCUACAGUGCAAUGAAGAUUGAAGGAGAGGGACUGGUAUCUGUGUUUAUGAGCUAUGGUGGAAAGAUUUUUUGUACACCGAUAGCAUAUACAAUCAACUCACAAAAAUAAUAAGCUGAUACAGAAUUCUGGUUAAAACAGCAUGGUGUGGCAAUGAUGCAGUGGUCUUCUGAGUGGGCGGAGCAACGAUAUGAUGUUUCAUCUACCACAUUAUCUCCAGUACAUCCUAAGCCCCUCCCAUUUCCACAGCCCAGUCGUCCUGCGUUCUCAGGCUACACUGACGACAUCAGUGCCCUCAGCGCCUCUAGCUUGCUAAAACACUAUGCCGAGAGGUAUUCCUUCAACUCGUCCUUACAAGAACAUGGGAGUUUCCUGAGAAGUGAGCAGCAGCAGGAUCCAUGGCCUGGGGGGUACAGCGCAGACGGGCCUCCUGGUUUAGACCCAUUGAAGGGGAGCGGAAGUGAUCUUUCAGAACAGCAGUACAGCGGUGGUCCCACAUCUCAGGAUUACCCUUCAUCCUACAGCAGCCAACACCUGCUGCCUAAACCAUCCUAUCUUCCAUCUCCAGCAUUUGCCUUGCCAUCUGCAUACCUGCCACCCGCACCAGGCUACGUUUAUUCACAGCAAUGCGGUCUGAGUGCUAGUUACCCUCAGAGCACCCCUUCUCUGCUGCCCUCCGGUCUACACACUCCCACACCUCUUCACAGCAGCCUCGCUGCUGCUGAACUUCCACGUAACAGGAGGUUCAGCUUCGACCAAUCCAAAACUGCCAGAGUCUCACCAUACACAAUCAGGGACAAGACUGAACGGCAGAACAGCGACAGUGGUGGAAAUGUCAACGGAAGUUGUGGGACAGACCUCCAGAGCUACAGGCCUGAUAGACUUUCCACUCAGUCUGAUCUUGAGGGAGAUUCUGUGGGUAAGACCAGUCAUCUACAGCCUCCGGAGACACAGUCUUAUGGAGGUCCGGGACAGUACACAUACCCUUGAGGGCAAAUAGCAUUAUGGUAUGAAACCAUUUACGGACUGAGAAGAUAGAUGUCUCUCUUAUGCACAUUAUCAUUAUUUCUGACUGCAGCUUUAAUGAGACCUGUAGCACAGACACUCUUUUGUAUCCCUGAAAUCACGCUUUUUUAUUCCCUUCCUUUCCUCUUCUACUAUCUCUCUCUAUAAUUAUGUUGUGCAGUGAAGCACAUUAUGGUGUCAAGUAUUAAUCCACUACUUCAGUUAAUGAAAUCCAAGCAAAAGAAAGACUGAAAGAGAGGAAUGGAAAAGAAAAGUACACAAAAUGAAGCCUGUAUUAUAAGACAAAGCACACAUAUGAAAGUUUCAUAUGUCAUGUCUAAUGACAAUUUGUUAGUGAGCAUGACUGUGGUAAGGUCAUGGAUGUUCUUCAACACUGAAAUCAGAUAAAAUCACUCUUAUUUUAGGAAUAUUAUGUAAUAUUCCUCUAUAAACUUUGAAUGUAAACUUGAUUUCCCUCAGGAAUUGUGAAUGUAGCCAUACUUAAUGUUUAUCUUAUACAAUUUUUGAGUUUGAAAGAUGUUUUUGUCUUUUAUUGUCUAAUUAGUGUAGUAUAUUUGCCAUGUCCUUCAAAAAAAAAAAAAGUAUUUGUAACAUUACAUACAGUAUUUCAAUCAUAAAAAUGCAUAUUUUUACAGAACACAUAAUAUAUCUGGCUUUUACAGGGCUAAUGGAAAAAGGCUAAAAGGCUCUCUGCAGUCUUUAACACUAUUCACCUAUUGUGACAUUUACUAUGGAAACCCACAGAGCUGUCCCAGCCCCCUGAAUUGAUCACUGGAUGUGUUUUUCUCUAAACCUUCUCUGUUUUGAAUGAGGCAUGUGAAAGAAUAGAGAGCUUUUGUUAUGGUGAGACAAGUGGGACAUACACUGAAAUGUACAAACAGAAAUG